GGAUGGAAAAAAGUCCCAACAUUUUAUUUUCCUAUCAGCUGGUACCACAUAUAAAACACCGGGGCACGACCACACAGAAAUGACCAUAUAACGCACAAGUAUAAAUUUCAGCAACAAUGUCGGCCACUUACAUAAGUUACAUGUCAGGCUCUAAAAAGAUUAACUGCAGAAGUCUAAAUCAGGCAUUUGGGAUUAGCUGAAAGCAGCUUUAUGAACGUGGUAAAACUCUGCCCCCUGAUGGUGAAGGUUUUAAUUACAUUUUGUCAAGGUUAAUUACAAAAAGCACCUUUAAGCAGUACUUCAUAUUAGUUUCUUAUUCUUCACACUUUUCAGAAACUGCAACUAACUUAUUUUAAUUUAUGAUAAUCUGCUAGUUUUCCACAUUGGUUAUUAUCAAUAAACUCAAACUUGGAUAACUUGGCUGAGCAGAACCUGCAAAAUCCAAAAGUAUGCAACAGAUAAACAAUAAUCUAUCAGAGCAAGGAAACAAGCAAAUGCAUGCCUACACCUUUCCCCAGUCAAUGCCUGUCGUGCUGACCUAACUGAUCAUUGUCCCUUUUUUUUCUCUCAGUUUCCUCCUCUCUUCUUCCUCCUCCUCAUUAUUUUGGGCUCCUCUUUAGUGAAGUAGUUGCGGGUGUCGCCAGGUGGAGCUCCAUGCUCUCCCAGUCAAACCUUCAGGAGGGUCCAGGACUCCCUCAGCGAAACACACACACACACACACACGUAUACAAUAACAUGCUCGCGCACACCAGCGCACGCGCUUACGGCUGUCAGGCGUGUCAGAGAAGCGCUCGCUCUUCUGUGAGUUGAAGGAGCCAGAGUGAGGGCGAGCGUGUAGUCGGUGCUUUACAGUGAGCGGGACCAGGCACGCUGCUGCCGUGCCAGUGAGUGGAGGCUCGCCCCGAGUCCGCUUCUUUCACUUCUUUUCUCGCUUCUGUGAAAUGGACUUCUGACAGCAGCCGGGCUGCGGGCGCCGCCGGUUCCUCCUGACCGGAAAAUGAAGCGACUCUGUCGGAGGCUGGCGGUGGCCGUGGCGGUGCUGGUGUGGCUGGGAGCGCUGGUUUACCUGCUGGUGUUGAGCCGGAGGAGGUUGCCGGAGCUCAGUCCAGGAGCGGGAGGAGGGGGAGGAGGAGUAGCAGGAGAGACAACCUACAACCAGAUUUCAGAUGCAGAGUGGGAGGACAUGUUGGAGGGCUUUGAUGAGCGGAGUUACCUGAGCGCUCGGCGCUGGAAGCCCGGAGACGACCCGUACACUCUGUACGCUUUCAACCAGAGAGAAAGUGAACGCAUCCCCAGUGAUCGAGCCCUGAGAGACACUCGACACUACAGGUGCACCACUCUUCACUACGACUCAGAGCUUCCUUCAACCUCCAUCAUCAUCACCUUUCACAAUGAGGCCAGAUCAACUCUGCUGCGUACCAUCAAGAGUGUUUUAAACAGGACUCCAGUUCAUCUCAUCUAUGAGAUCAUUCUGGUGGACGACUUCAGUGACGACGAGAGUGACUGCCAGCUUCUCACCAAACUGCCCAAAGUUAAAUGCUUUCGCAACAACAAGCGAGAAGGUCUCAUCAGGUCCAGAGUGCGGGGGACGGACGCUGCAAGAGCCAAAGUGCUGACCUUCCUGGACAGCCACUGUGAGGUCAACAAAGACUGGCUGCCACCCCUCCUGCAAAGGAUCAAAGAGGACCCGUCUCGAGUGGUUAGCCCAGUCAUCGACAUCAUCAACAUGGAUACGUUUGCUUAUGUGGCAGCCUCUGCUGAUCUCCGUGGAGGCUUUGAUUGGAGUCUCCAUUUUAAGUGGGAGCAGUUGUCGCCUGAACAGAGAGCCCGCCGGACUGACCCGACCCAGCCAAUCAAGACCCCCAUCAUUGCAGGCGGACUCUUUGUGAUUGACAGGGCCUGGUUCAAUCACCUUGGAAAAUACGACACUGCCAUGGACAUUUGGGGCGGUGAAAACUUUGAGAUCUCAUUCCGGGUUUGGCAGUGUGGCGGCAGUCUGGAGAUCCUGCCCUGCAGCAGAGUGGGUCACGUCUUCAGGAAGAAACAUCCGUAUGUGUUUCCUGAAGGCAACGCCAACACAUACAUCAAGAACACACGUCGAACAGCCGAGGUGUGGAUGGAUGACUUCCGGCUCUUUUAUUACUCCGCUCGCCCGGCAGCACGAGGCAAAUCCUACGGAGAUAUCCGAAGCAGAGUGGAACUUCGGAAGAAGCUCAACUGUAAAUCCUUCAAGUGGUACUUGGACAAUGUCUACCCAGAGCUCAAGGUCCCAGACGACUCUGACUCACAGUCUGGAGUGAUCAAACAGAGGCAGAACUGUCUGGAGUCCCGCAAGGUGGAGGGUCAGGAGAUGCCCGUCCUCACAUUAGCUCCCUGCACGGGAACCGAGGGCGUCCCCGCCAUCAAUCAGGAGUGGGUGUACACUCACGGACAGCAGAUCCGACAGCAGCAGCACUGCCUGUCUGUCUCCACCACGUUCCCUGCCUCCCAGGUCCUGCUGCUGCCCUGCAACAUGGCGGAUGGCAAACAGCGGUGGCAGAAGUCAGGGACUCACUUGGAGCACCUCGUCUCCCGGUUCUGCCUGGACUCGGAGAUGGCUCUGGACGGGAUGGACGAUUCCCGAAUGUUAGUGAUCAGCCCCUGCGAACUGAGCGCAUACACGCAAAGAUGGGAAGUCCCCUUCUCCUGACCCCUGACCAUGUGACCUUUACACUCAUGUGCCCUGUCACACUCAUCCCUCAACUCAAAGACCCGGACAGAGAGAGAAUGCUGCUCACACACUGACCAUGCAUGAGCAAUCAUGUCACAGUGCUGCAUCGAGGAUAUCUGAAUAGAAAGCUGAUGAAGACUUUUUUAUGGCUCUUUGUAGCAUGAAAAGAAAUGCAGACCUUUCAGGUAUAAAGUCCUGAUUUAUUUAUGAGCUGCACUGGUUUGAAAUAAUGUUGCUCCAAGAGACGCAGGAAAAAUGUGUGGUUUGGAGAUUCAAGUGUCUGUAUUGAAGAGUGACAACCAAGUGCACCUUAAAACCCAGAACUUUCAAAUAGCUGAGAUGGACAAGAAAAACCAAACAAAAAAUAACAAUCAGAGAAUGUUUCCUGUGUCUUUUGCAAUCUGCUUUUAAAGGAUGUUUAAUAAGCUGGAAAUUAAAACCAAGCACAGCUCGAGGUUUUAUUUCAGUUUGUCAAAUACCUGUCACUGUCUUUACUGCAGCUUCCCAGUCAGUUUCAUACUGGGAUCUAACCAGAAACUCACCAAAGUAAAGCCCCAGUAAACAGCACAAAAUGUGAAAUCUUUAGUCUGUCACACCAAGCGGGAUGCAAUCAUCUCCAGUCUGGAUUCUAUCCUAAGGGUUUUUUUUGUUUGUUUGUUUGUUUUGUUGCUUGGCUUAAGCUUUCAUUUACUGCUUUGGGGAUGGUCUCAGUUAUUGAGGUUCUCAAUUAUGAGGACAGUUUAUGUACAAGUAACCCCUGUGAUUCUAAAGCUCUGCCUCCACCCUGCUCUAAAUGCUCCAUUUCAUACCGUUUUUUUCAACAGUAGGCUCUUUGUGAUGUCAGUGAGAGAGGAUAUUCCUAAAGUGAGCACAAAAGCCCCGCCCAUCUUCUGUUCAAACCUUCUGUUUGCAAGGGGCAGCCAAUCAGAAGAAAGUAAGCUUACAACAGCAGCUCCCAAAGUUUUUGUGGUAUGCCCCAUUUUAGAAGCUCAAGACUCUCGAGUUUUAAAAAAACGAGGAUGAACGAUAACAAAGGAUCUUUGUGUAAGGUAUAACUCCUCUUAUGUUGA